UUUGUGUCCAACUGUUUUCACGUCAAAAACAACGAGCAGCCGCCCUUGACUGAGGCAUGCGACUAUCCCACAAGUUAUAUGUGUUUUCACGUACUAUUGACCCACCCGCACAUGUAAACGCGUCGCGUUUUCGCUUUUAAUUUUGGCAGUCAGGCGUUUAUAACCGAAACAGCUGGUUCGAUGUUUCUCCUCCUCCAUCUCCCCUUCCCGCCCCCCUUUCGCCCGUCCCCCUUUGUCUGGCAAACCGGGAGACGGAGGGAAACGAGGUGAAGAACAGGGACACGAAAUAAACAAAACGAAAACUAACCUGCCUGAAAAAUAGAGCGGUAUUAGCAACGCGAAAAGAGCACGAAACUAAACCUCCGCACCCGAUAGGAGAGACUGGCGAGGGAGGGGGGCGAUUAGACCACAACCUCUCGCGCGCGUCCCUCGCUCGCUCCCGCCGCUCGCCGGGGUGCUGAUGCUGCACAGCCUGCGCCGCGAUGGCAUCAUAACCCUUGCCGCAAGAGAGCAGCAUGCAACCCGGGAUCGCUCUACACGUUCUGCGAUCUUUUUCCGGAGGAAGGUGCGAGACACUGUGAUGCCAUUCACCGCCUGUACCUCGGUCCUGAGGCUUUCCAAGCGGAGCAUCUCUCUGUGAUCGCGGUAGGGAGUGGCUCAUUGUUAACCAACAGAUUCCGAGGCGCUACUGGGAUUUUUCCUGUUUGCUCCUCGCGGAACACUUUUAGGAUUCUCUUCCUCAAUCCAAUGUGGAACCUUUUCACGUAAUCCUCUUUAAAACUAAUCAUCUGGAGGUAGCUACGAGGACUGCUCAAGAGCCCCACUCCCUUUCUGGAGCCAUUUGCUAGACACCCCUCUAGCGCUGUCACCUGGAACUCCAACGGACUUGGAACGGAUGCUAAAGGCAUGGAAAGAACUACCUCUUCAAAGGGCCAAGGCCUGACUGAGUGACUGCUGGCAUCCUGAAGAUAUCCCAAGAAAAAGAAACCAAAACCAGUAACAGUAAGGAUGCUGAAGCCUAGUGGCCUAAAGAUCCCCAGCAAGGGCCCCAAGCACUCCAGUCCAGUGGGAAGGUCGUCUACUGGGUCCACAUCCAGCACAACUGCUCAGAAAGAGGCUUCUGGCUCACCCCUUCCAAAACAGCAGUCCUUGACAUCAGCUGCUUCCACAGAUAAAGCUGGCUCCAAGCAAACAGAGGUUGGGGAUGAUGUUUUGGGAGAUUUUGUACUGAGGGAACGCGUUUGGGUGAAUGGAGUGAAACCCGGUUGCAUCCAUUAUCUUGGUGAGACUCAGUUUGCCCCUGGACAGUGGGCAGGAGUGGUUCUGGAUGACCCAGUGGGCAAAAAUGAUGGCUCAGUGGGAGGUGUCCGAUAUUUUGAGUGCUCUCCCAUGCAAGGUAUCUUCACCCGGCCCUCCAAACUGACCCGACAGCCUGUUGGUGAUGGCACCGAGGCCCAUACUGCUGACUCUCUCACAGCUCAGAAUGUCAACUUACAUGGUGGCACUGGAAACAACUCUGUCACCUCUGGUCAACGUGUCAUUAUGCCUUUGAGAGAAAAUGUUCUCAACAGCUCUGUGAAAACUGGGAAUGAGUCUGGAUCAAAUCUCUCCGAUAGUGGUUCAGUGAAGAAGGGAGACAAAGACUUCCGAGUUGGAGAUAGAGUGCUGGUUGGAGGAACCAAGACAGGAGUUGUGAGAUAUGUUGGAGAGACCGACUUUGCCAAGGGGGAGUGGUGUGGGGUGGAAUUGGAUGAACCACUUGGAAAGAAUGAUGGAGCUGUGGCUGGGACCAGGUAUUUUCAGUGCCCUCCGAAGUUUGGCCUCUUUGCUCCCAUUCACAAGGUGAUCCGAAUUGGGUUCCCAUCCACCAGCCCAGCCAAGGCAAAGAAAAGCAAACGCAUGGCAAUGGGCGUCUCAUCUCUGGCUCAUAGCCCCAGCAGUUCAUCGAUCAGCUCCGUCAGCUCUGUUGCAUCAUCAGUUGGCGGCCGUCCUAGCCGCAGUGGUCUGCUGACAGAAACAUCCUCCCGGUAUGCACGUAAGAUCUCAGGUACGACUGCCCUACAGGAGGCCCUUAAGGAGAAGCAGCAACAUAUUGAGCAGCUUCUGGCUGAGCGUGACCUUGAGAGAGCAGAAGUCGCCAAAGCCACCAGCCACAUCUGCGAAGUGGAAAAAGAGCUAAGCGUGCUCAAGACUCAGCAUGAGCAGUAUGUCUCAGAAACAGAGUCCAACCUGCAGCAAGUGCGCACUCUGCUGUCUAGUGUGCAGAAGGACAAGCUAGAGCUGCUAAAUCAACUAGAAGAAGAGAAAAGGAAAGUUGAAGAUCUCCAGUUUAGAGUAGAAGAGGAGUCAAUUACUAAAGGAGACCUUGAGACUCAAACGAAGUUGGAGCAUGCCCGCAUUCGGCAGCUCGAGCAAAGCCUUCUGUUUGAAAAAUCAAAAAUGGAAAAACUUCAAAAAGAGUUAGAGGACAACAGGCAAACCACAGUGGAGGAGAAAAGCAGGAUCAUGCAGUUGGAAGAAGAACUAACCUUGAGGAGGGCAGAAAUUACUGACUUACAGCAGAGGCUUCAGAGUCCUAAUCCUUCUGAGGCAGGUGUUUUCAGCCCAGGGCUCAAUACAGAGACGUUUUUGCUACGGGAGCAGCUGCUGGCAGCAGACCGUGAGCAUCAUAAGGUGAGCAGCCAACUGAAGGAGAAAUACGAGACUGCCCUGAGUAGUCAACAGCAGGACAUUGACAAAUUUAAGGCGAUAACAGAGAAGCAAGCGCAAGAAAUUCAGGAUCUGAAGCAAAAGUUGCAGCAAGCCACCAAAGAAAACAUGGAGAUGAUGGACAACUGGAAGUCCAAGCUGGACAGCCUUGUAACAGACCACCAGAAGUCUUUGGAAGAUCUAAAGCUCUCCCUAACCUCUGAUGGCACAGGAUCCCAGCACAAAGAGGUUGUGGAGCUCAAGGCAUCCUUGGAAAGCUUGAAAAUGGAACACCAGUUGGAGCUGGAAAACCUAAAGGCCAAGCACGAAAUUGAGAUGGCAGUUCACAUUAAGGAGAAGGAAGAUCACAAAGCGAAGUGUCUGGAAGCCAGGGAGGAAGUAGCUGAGCUUAAUGAGAACUGGAAAAAGCAACUGGAAGCCAAGACAAGCCAGCAUUUGCUGGAAGUAAAAGACCUUACUGAAAAACUGCAGAAAUCAGAGCUAAAGCUUACCGAUUUGGAGAAGUUGCAUUCAGAGUGCAAAGAUCAGUCUGAAGCCAUCGGUUUCUUAAAGGAGCAGAUUGCUCUAGCCGAAAAAAAAAUGGUUGACUAUGAGGCCCUACAGAGUGCAGAGGAACAAAGUAAACAAGAGAUCAGAACUCUCCAGGAGAAGCUGCGGGUAGCAGACAACAGGCUACAGGCUUCGGAGGCUAAUCAUGUUCCAAAAGAUGCAAAUGUAAUUGAAAAUAAUGAUAUCUCUGAAGAGAAGAUUAAAAUGAAACAGAAUGUUGAAGAUCUUAUGGAAAAGCUUUUGAAAAAAGAAAAAGAAGUCUCAUCAAUGUCUUCACUGAUUGAUGUUCUGAAGUCUCAAGUGACUUCCCUGGAGAGCAAAUAUCGUUCUGCUGAUAAGAAGGCAGAGGCAACUCAAAAAGAGAAACUUCGACUGGAAGCCGAACUAGAGUCCUUGGCAAAAAAGUCCCAUGAUGCUUCAGGCCAGCUAGUUGUCAUCAGCCAGGAGCUUCUGAGGAAGGAGAAGAGCUUAAACGAGCUGCGUGUGCUGUUACUAGACUCUCCACGACACUCUCCUGGUCUGGACCGUGAUUUGAGCCGUGAAGUACACAAGGCAGAGUGGAGGCUAAAAGAGCAAAAACUUCAGGAUGAUAUCAAACGACUUCGGGAAAAGUUGCAUCAGCUGGACAGAGAGAAAUCGGUUCCAGACCAUAGACGGUACUCUAUGAUUGAUUCAGCAGCAUCUGAAACAGAAGUUUUGAGACUUAAGCAACGGCUUCUUAGCACAGAGGAUGCACUCUGGAAUGCCUUGGACCAUAACCAACAGGUGGAUAAGUUGGUAGAAGCUAUGCGAAACCAUAAUCCUGACAAAAUGCAGGCUAUAGGAAACCCUACUUCAGCCAAUGGGAUUCACCAACAGGAGAAAACCUUUAUACAGGAGGAUAAACACUGAAACCGAACAAAGAUCAAAAGCAGGGAGUGUGAUACAAAGAAAGAAAAGGAGAAAUCUGGCCUUGAUGAGCUUGAACAUCUGGAGCAGUCCAAGAUUCUGGAGAAAAAUAUCUGGAACAGAAAGAGCCAUUUAAUAUCAAACUUCAUGAAGACAGACAUAGCCAGCAUGAUUUUCAAUCUCUAUUUGAAAAAUGUCCUCAGUAUCACAAAUCACACAAAUGCUUGCCUGUGGUUGCUGUUUAAGAUAAAUAGGAGGCCUUCGUAUUGUUACAGCUGUCUGCCUUUAACAGAGACAUUUACUCGCAAUCUGACUAUGUGUUCCACCCAGCAGCUCCACCCUGUACCACUUUCUGCAGAUGUGAUAGCAGGCUUCUCUUCUUUAUCUAUAUAUAAAUGGUACUUUCCUACUGCUCGGUUUUGUACAUCUGUAGACAGACAGUUGGUUCAUUGUGUGAAGCACAAAAAAACACAAUGAAAUCUUUCAGACAAUAUAUGUUAUAUUUAUGUUUCCACAGAGGAGACUAGUAGGAGCGAGUGGCUCAAAGGAAAUGCAACUCACUCACGUCACCAACACAACGCUCAAAUGUGUAUCAUGAGCUGCUUUAUUAUGAACUGAAUUGGGCGUUUCUGCUGGUUCUGGACUUUCUCAAAAGAUUGUGUUUAUUUUGAUUAAAGCACCUGAAACUGGGAAACAUAGAAUAAAUAGUAUGGGAGAAGCAUUCAGUUUUCAAAAUGAUCACCAAAAGACAGUGGGAUAUCCAUGUGCAUAGCAGAGAAUUUUCUGGACCACAGGUCUUACUCUUUUUGUUGCUGUCCGGUAUCUUCAUGUCUGAGCAAAUGAGUAACAAGGAUUUUACAUUUUAUUUCAGUUUUCUUAAUGAGAGCACUUGCUCAUGUUUAAGGGCCAUAACCUGACUGUUGAUCUACAGUAUUUCCUCAUGCAUUAGAUAUAGUCAUUUGGUUCCACAGACAGUAUAUGAAGUUAAGAAGAAAGAGAAGCAUUACACAAUAUCCCUUUUAAUUAAUAGUCCCAAAGUAGUAUUUUUUACCUAAACCCGGCCAUUUAUUUGAUGAUAAUGCAGUAUUUAGAUGGUGGUUGAAAUGUACUGUAACACUGUAUAUGAAAUAUAAUAGACAAUUGUUAAAUGUGAAGAACAGUGAAAAAGAUUAUCGAAAUUCUAACACUAAACAAUCACUUUUAUAAACUUUAUAUUAAGUGUUUGGAUACUCCUUUACCAAACAUACAGCCUUCGUCCAUCAUGAGAGAGAAAACUCAUUUUAAUAAAACGGUUUUCUACAGUCUGCGAAUGUGAAUGAAUUUCUCCUUCCGUUUCCAGAAAGAAGAAAUUCUACACUGGCAUGAACAAACUGGAGCCUACUGCAGCUGGGACUUCUUCACACUACUGUUGUGCACAAUAGGAAACGUGGCAAAGAAAGGAAGGGGCUCACCGAGCUCAUUCACACCUCACCUUAUAUUUCAGCAUUGCAGGCCUUUGGAUUGUUUGACUUACAAUUAGGUGAACACAGCAGUGGAAAGCCGGAUAAAUGGACUGCUCUAUAGGCUGUGACGGUAAAGAGGUACAGUACAGUAUAGAGAGUGUAUUAUGAGAUUAACUUGCAUAUACAGAAUGCCAGCUCACUCUUUUAGUCCUAUGCAUUGAGUGUUUAGGGAACAAGCAGGAAUAAUGUUUUCCAGUUUGUAUGGUAACAGAAACUAUUUCAAAUUCAUUUUAAACCAAUGCAGAGGGGACAAAAUUCCAAAGUGCAUGGUGAUUUCUAACGGGUUCAAGUCCAAUAAUACUCCAUGGCAUGGUGUCAGAUGAAGCUGAGCGCUGAGUAAAGUCACCUGUUACUGUCUUCAUUAUUCUUCUGCAUUAGUUCUAAUCAAACAUUUAUUCCUGCUACUUCAGAUAUUUCUGUGUCUAAAAGAAACAAAGUAAAACUAACUUUAAUGGUAAUUUUGGCUAAAAUUGUGACAUUUGUUCAAAGUGAAGUGAGAUAUUUUAACUGACAUGCUGUAUUUUUGGGAUAUUAUAAAGUACACAAGUGGCACACCAUGCAGAAUUUACAGAGCAGAAAAAGUGAUUUGAUUUUUCUUAAAGUUUAAAGAAAGGCUUGUCUCAAUGUGAAAUCUCACAAUCAUCAGGCACGCAGAUCAUCGAUAUCCUGGAGACUUAAACGUCUCCAGCAGUCCACCUCAGGUUGUAUCCAACGAGCGCAUCAUUCCAUAAGGAUGGGUACCACCAUUAUUGCACAUGGUACUUGGUGCAUGUCACUUUCGAUUGCGAAACAUUGUGUUUUCCUUCACUUUACAACUUCCUUAGAAGGGUAGCUGCUAUUAUUUACAGCUUGGACUGCAUUGAUGAUUUUUUUUUUUUAAAUAAAAGGUUUUAUGAGUCUUAGUUUUGAAGAUCUGCUGCAGUUGCACAGAUGGCUCUUCCUUAAUAUACUAGGAGCUUGGAGAAUGUUUUGCAGCAUUAGAAAGACCCCUCACACAUUCCCUCCAAACACGUAGAUGGUUACUUGAUGUUAAUAUAUAGUAUUCAGUCUUCAUUGUAGCCAAAUGUACCAAAAUAAAAUGCACAUGUGGCUGUCAGUACUCUUUACUUAUAGAUAUUACUUAUUUAUUUAGGCCAUUGCAUUUUGGAAAUUAAAGCCUUGUUCCUUACUAAAAAAACUAAAAUGUGCAGGUAGAUCUUCAGUGCCUGAUAUAGACUAAAAUCCUAGUAUGUAUCCAAUCAGAUGAACAAAGUCAUCACAAUCUAAUCUGAUUAUGCAGUUGCCAGUACUUGUCCUGCUCGUUCCAGCACCUCCUCAUGUGCUGCUGGCCUUUUGCAGACCUGCUGUCUGUGAAUAUGCUGUAACUUCGACUUCAAAUGUUAAGGCUUCUCCAGAAAAGUAUUGAAAUAAAAAAGUUUUUGGGUUCACUGAA